UAUAUACAGAUAUAAUUUUUUUAGGGUGAUCCGGAAGGAGACCAGCCCGAGCGUGCUGUAUGGGGGAAUCAGAUAGAGUUCCUCAUGUCAUGCAUCGCCACAUCGGUCGGACUUGGCAACGUGUGGCGGUUCCCCUUUGUGGCCUAUCAGAAUGGCGGCGGAGCUUUCCUCGUGCCUUACAUCAUUGUACUGUUCCUGAUUGGCAAGCCUAUGUACUACCUCGAAUGUGUGAUUGGCCAGUUCAGUACCAGAAAUUCAGUCAAAGUGUGGGCACUCGCGCCAGCUAUGAAAGGGACUGGCUACGCUCAAGCUCUAACAUGCGGCUACAUCCUCUCGUACUACGUGUCCAUCAUCGCACUGUGCCUGUAUUACUUCGCGAUGAGCUUCCAGCCGACCCUCCCGUGGGCUCUGUGCGAGCCCGAAUGGGAGAACUGCGUGCCCUCUGCCCCAGGCCACAACAUCACCAUCACGAACGAAUCUACGAGCAGUGCUGAGUUGUUCUUCUUAAAGACUGUACUAAGACAAAGAGAAGGCAUAGAAGGAGGCCUUGGUUUGCCUCUCUGGGACCUAACUCUGUGCCUGCUAGCGUCCUGGGUGAUUAUUUUCGUGAUUGUGGCCCGAGGAGUGAAAAGUUCAGGAAAAGCUGCCUAUUUCCUAGCUCUCUUCCCAUACGUUGUGAUGAUCAUUUUACUCAUUAGUACAUCGAUCCUGAACGGUGCUGGUAACGGUAUCCUAUUCUUCCUCACUCCUCAGUGGGAAAAAAUUCUCGAACUCGAUGUAUGGUACGCUGCAGUCACUCAGCUAUUCUUCUCCUUAUCAGUGUGUACCGGAGCCCUUGUGAUGUUCUCAUCGUACAACGGGUUCAGGCAAAACGUAUACAGAGACGCCAUGAUCGUGACCACGUUAGACACCUUCACGAGUCUGUUGUCAGGCAUCACCAUUUUCGGCAUCCUUGGCAACCUGGCGUACGAGCUCAACCAAGAUGUGGCUGACGUCGUCGGCUCCGCUGGAACAGGACUGGCUUUCGUCUCAUACCCAGAUGCAAUUGCCAAGACUUUCCUGCCUCAGCUUUACUCCGUCCUCUUCUUCCUGAUGAUGUCGGUACUUGGAGUAGGCUCUGGGGUCGCGCUGCUGUCCACCAUCAAUACGGUGCUGAUGGACUCCUUCCCAAGAAUUCGUACUGUUUACAUGUCAGCCAUCUGCUGCACAGCUGGCUUCGCAAUCGGCUUGAUUUAUGUCACACCGGGAGGACAAUUCAUCUUGGAACUUGUGGACUACUACGGUGGAACGUUCUUGGCGCUGUUCAGUGCUAUUGUUGAGAUUAUUGGAAUCUUCUGGAUUUACGGUUUGGAAAACAUCACCCUGGACAUCGAAUUCAUGUUGGGCAUCAAGACGUCGUUCUACUGGCGAUGCUGCUGGGGCUUCAUCACGCCCGCGCUCAUGAUCGUCGUCUUCGUGUACGCGCUGAUCUCCUACGAGGCUCUGGAGUUCGGAGGAUACUACAUCUACCCUGAUGCCGGAUAUGUGGCCGGAUACCUGAUGCUCCUCGCGGGUAUUGCCUUCGUGCCGAUUUUCAUGUUUAUCACCAUGUACAAAAACAGGACUGGAAAUUGCACGGAGACCGCAAAGAAAUCAUUCCGACCAAAGAAGACCUGGGGUCCUCGGGAUCCAGUGCUUCGGGAAGAGUGGAACAUGUUCAAGCUGAACGCCCGAGCUGACCGGCAGAUACAGGGCGCCUCCUUCUUCAGGCACAUCUGGAACAUCAUGACGGGCGGCUACAGGCGCUGACACUAGUGUUAUUCCAAAGAGUUUGUACAUAGAUAAAUCGAUAAUUAAACACACGUCAAUACUUUUUUAUCGUGGAAAGCCUACAGGUCGAUUGACUUCAUUAUCAUUUGGUAGCAAUAUAAAUUCAAAUAGAUAGGUACUAGCAGCGGACGGCCAAGUUAUAUUGCAGAAAACUGUUUCUUUACAAAAUUAAACCUGUUCCAGUUUGCUAUUUUGCUUUCAAUAUUGUGCCUAAAUACUAUCUAUAUGCUCUAACUACAUUGUUGGUCAGUAUAUUUUGAUUAUUAAAUAAGGUAAACAAACGUUUACAUCAUAGGUAAUUUACGAAAAGUUGGCUCUACCUAUUUAUCGCACAGCUGUAGGUAAAUUAUUUUUUAACCCAAGCAAACUCUUACACAAGUGAGUUUAGCUUUAAAAAGAUAUUAAAAUGACAUUUUGUACUAUCAAAAGUUCAAGACAUCAGUUGCUGACCUCCUGACGUAGAUAAUAUUAACAAUGUGCCUAACAUACUUAGAAAAAUAAAAUAAUUACGAGUAGAGUAGGUAUAUUUUAUGGCUGUGUGAAAUGUCCUAGUUUUAGAUAGAUUAUUUGUAUUUAAUAAGUCUAUGUUGAUCUUAAUAUAAAUUAUGUAAGCGAUCAAUUUAUUUAUGGCAUUUUAUAAUUUUGUUAAAAUGUUAAAAUAUCCAAUUAAAUAUGAUUUUUAAAAUGUUAUUUUGAUUUUGUAUCUCCUUAUGGACACGUUAAGGUUUAAACCAUCUUAGCAUAAUGUAUUGCAAGAUAAUCUUUCAUCUUACAGAUCUAAAACCAUGAAAUGACUAAAUUAGCAUAGAUGCUUCAAAGGAAACUUCCACUGGGAAAGACCGCAUCAUUCUUAUAAUAAUUAUUACUUCCGCUGCGUAUUGUUUAGCAACAAUCUAGUGAGUAUCUAUGGAGUCAGGCAUUAACUUAAACACAUAAUAGCUGUGUCCUACUUAAGUCACGGUGAUGCGAUAGAACAAGCACAGACGCUAACUGCUAAGGUAUGUGAAUGAAAAUCCGCAACAUAAGUAAUCCAAUGCGCAUUUUAAUUGUUAUUGUUGUUAUCUCACCGUUUAUUCUUGCUGAAUGAAUUACCGUAGCACUAUGUAGCACAUUAGAUACUCUACUAUUCCGUCAUUGUUUCACUUCAUGUAAAACAAAGUGUUACAAGGUUUUGUUUUUCAUACAUUUUUUUAAAAUUAAACAUAUUUAGUAAUUUAA